AUGGAGAUUAAGGCGGCAUGCGGCGGGCGCAGGGCGCGGGCCCGUGGCGGCGAAACCAGUCGGAGCCGGCUCGCGCGACCGCCCUCCGGUCCGGUGACUACAGCCUCCUCGCUGCUCCGGUAUGGAUUAUUCGCGCCGAGCGGCGAGCUGCGACGGCGGCAGUGGCAGUGCGACCCACGCGCUCCUCGCGGCUGCUCGCCCCACGCCGCGCCAGUAGCGCCGCCGCCGCGCCCGGUCCGCUCGCCGCUCCCGCUGCCGCUGCCGCUCGCCAACUCUGCCGCCGAGCGGAGAGCGCUCUCUCGCCUUCCAGCGCCGGAGACGAACGAUACGCGCGCCGUUAAAAGCAUGCCAUUAAUACGGACCUCGUUGUGCUUGAAUGACGAGACUAAUGUCACAUUACUAUAUCAUGAAAAGCUUCCGUGCAGCUAUUAAUUUAUACGACUUUCGUGCGACAUUAUAGUGAUUGUUGAACAUUAGGUAUCUUAAAGUGAAGAACAGGUAUCAACUCCACAAAAAGGAAAAGGUGAAGAGUGAAGCAUGCUUCAAGUAGACGGGUUCAAGAGACCAUCGCCUUCACCAUCGCGGAGUUCAGUGAGAAGCGACAGUCGAGUGUUCCGGCCGCCGCGCGUCA